CCUCAUCGCUUCCGUCUAUCACCCGUAUAAUUUUCCCUAUACACUAGACUCAUUCCGUAACUAUCCUCCUCCGUAUCUAUAUAUAUAUAUAUAUAUAUCUUCGAAGCAAAGCUACUCGUUCUUCGUAAAUCUCUGUGAUACCCAAACACACCAAAUAUAAAUCGUUGAAGGCUCUCCUGAUUCAAACUUCCAGUUUCGUUUUCAUUGAAUUUCAGGUUGAGCUUGCUAUUUAAAGACCAACAAGUUCAAUUUCUAAGCAGAAGAUUGUAGAGCUAGCUGCCAGUACUUGUCUCGACUGAGCGACCACAGCAAAUCCUUCCCGAAUCAGUAAUUGCAAUUUUUGAAUUAUUAUUGUAUCGAACAGCUGAUGAGAACUUUUUAGCAUGGAUUCGCGCCAGAUUUUUGGAUACGGAGUGACUGGUGCAGAAUUAUCCUACUCUUCUCAUCCCACAGUUCCAUCAAUACCUGCUAGGCUGCUCGAGUCCUUGAAAUUUGGUUUACAUAACUCGCCUAACUCUCCUUUCUCCACUUACUUUGACUUUGAGACCCUUACCACAUUGAGUGACAGUCAGGAGCAGCACAGCUCCACAGAGAAUCUUUCAGGGGCCAGCCCUUCCUAUAACUCAUCAUUUGAAACUAGCAGUUACUUACAACAGGUAAGCCCUCCUCUGGACUGCCGUCAAGACAGUCUACUGUCUUGUUUUGGCGGAACUUCAAUUUUACAGGAUGCAAAUAGUGGCCAAAACAUAAAAUACACACUGCAAGAAUUAGAGACUGCUCUUAUGGGGCCUGAUGAUGAGGAGGAAGUAACAACACCAAAUCCUUCUCUUGGGGACAAUAAGCGGCCACAAACAUCGGGACAGAGUUCUAUGGCAUGGAACCAGGAAUCCCAGGGCUCACAUAUGAUCCAAUCUCAGCCAUCCCACACUUCAAGGUAUGGUAAGCCAGGCGAUGGAUUUCAUACUGAGAAGCGUCACAAAGUAAUGGAAGAAGCUCCUUUGCAGAACAUACCAUCGGGCAAUCUGAAACAGUUGCUCAUUGCAUGUGCUAAAGCUCUCUCUGAAAAUAAAAAAGAUGAUUUUGAGAAUUUGAUUGAAAAGGCUCGGAGUGCUGUGUCAAUUAGUGGAGAGCCAAUCCAGCGUCUUGGUGCUUAUAUGGUAGAAGGGUUGGUAGCAAGGAAAGAGGCAUCAGGCACCAACAUAUGCCGGACUCUCAGGUGCAAGGAGCCAGAAGGAAAUGAAUUACUUUCAUAUAUGCAAAUCCUUUAUGAAAUCUGCCCUUACUUGAAGUUUGGUUAUAUGGCCGCAAAUGGGGCAAUUGCUGAGGCGUGCAGGAAUGAGGACCGCAUCCACAUCAUAGACUUCCAAAUAGCUCAGGGGACCCAGUGGUUGACUCUCUUACAAGCACUCGCCGCAAGACCUAGUGGCCCCCCUCACGUGCGGAUUACAGGGAUCGAUGACCCAGUUUCUAAAUAUGCUCGUGGAGACAGUUUGGAAGCAGUAAGGAAACGCUUAGCAGCAAUUUCCGAGAAAUUCAAUAUCCCAGUUGAGUUUCAUGCUGUGCCAGUAUUUGGUCCAGAUGUUACAAGGGAUAUGCUUAACGUAAGGCCUGGGGAGGCACUGGCUGUGAAUUUCCCUCUUCAGCUCCACCACACCCCCGAUGAAAGUGUUGACGUGAACAAUCCCAGAGACGGGCUUCUCAGGAUGGUGAAGUCACUUUCCCCCAAGGUCAUCACUUUGGUGGAGCAAGAAUCGAACACAAACACAGCUCCUUUUUUUGCUAGAUUCAUCGAAACCCUUGACUACUAUUCUGCGAUGUUUGAGUCUAUAGAUGUGACCCUGCCGAGGGACAGGAAAGAGCGUAUUAACGUGGAGCAGCACUGUUUGGCUAGGGAUAUUGUGAACAUCAUUGCCUGUGAGGGCAAGGAGAGAGUGGAACGCCACGAGCUAUUUGGAAAGUGGAAGUCCAGGUUCACAAUGGCAGGGUUUCGGCAAUACUCUCUGAGCUCUUAUGUCAACUCUGUGAUAAAGAGCUUGCUGAGAUGUUACUCUGAACAUUAUACCCUGGUGGAGAAGGAUGGAGCUAUGCUGUUGGGGUGGAAAGACAGGAACCUGAUCUCAGCGUCGGCUUGGCACUGACCAUAAGAAUAACGAGGGCACUGACCAUAAGAAUAAUGAGGGGGCAGUCAUAGAGGUUACCGAUAGAAAAUUACCAGUUUCUGGUUUAUAGGUUGUCAAUGAUGAACUAGCCCCAUGGGUAUUGACUGAUAACAUGGUAGUAUCAGAUGAAUUUAUUGUAUAAUGGGUUUAUUCUUUUUGAUGAUAUUGUAUUCUCAUAGUCAUACAACCUGGAUUCUUGACUUCUGCCAUUGAUAGACAAACCUUUGCUCCGUUGUUAAGUUGUAUGUAUGUGUAUAAUGCAGGGUUUUUAAAAUUUAUAUCUGCUCCUUAAAUGUUCGGGACUUGUUCUA